AUGGUUCGCCCCCUCAUUCUUCAUUCUCGCUAUACAGCCGUCCCCGAUGAGGAUAAAUUUGAUGUCAGCCCGUUGCCAGACUUUGACGACGAUGUCCGAGUCCAACAAUACCUCCAAGAUCGUCGUGUUAUUGGUUAUGAUCCCUUGGUUCAGCCUGCAUUGCUCAGGCAUGAAAUCACUUCCUCGGCCAGCUCUCAUCGCACCAUCGCAUCUGCUCGUUACAGCGCCGCAAGCAUACUCGCUGGAAACGAUGAUCGUGUCCUCGUCAUUGUCGGCCCAUGCUCGAUACACUCCCCUGAUCAAGCUUUAGAAUAUGCCCAUAUGCUCAAGGCCAAAAUUCCCACUUGGUCCAACCUUCUCAUUGUGAUGCGAGCUUAUUUGUACAAACCCCGGACAACCGUCGGCUGGAAGGGACUUAUAAACGACCCAGACAUUAACGGUACUUUCAAGAUCAAUAAAGGACUUCGCACAGCACGUCAACUGCUCUGUGAUCUGACUGACCUUGGCGUCCCAGUUGGCUCUGAGCUUUUGGACACGAUAUCACCGCAGUACAUCGCUGACUUAAUCUCAUGGGGAGCCAUCGGAGCCCGUACCACUGAAAGUCAGUUGCAUCGUGAAUUGGCUUCGGGUGUUUCUUUCCCCAUCGGAUUCAAAAACGGCACGGAUGGAAGUGUGACAGUGGCCAUCGACGCUAUGCAUUCGGCCUCGAAUCCCCAUGCUUUCAUGGGUGUUACCGAACAAGGCUUGGCGUCUAUCGUAAAAACUCGGGGAAACCAGGACGUUCAUGUCAUCCUCCGUGGCGGUACGAAGGGACCGAAUUUCUCUUCGGAGCACAUCAAGGAUGCAGCCAAGGCAAUCUCGAAAAAGCAGCAAUUCGCAAGCAUCAUGGUAGAUUGCAGCCAUGGAAAUUCACAAAAAAAUCACAAUAAUCAGCCCCGCGUUCUACAGGACGUUUGUGAUCAGCUUGCCGCUGGAGAGCGCAACAUUACAGGAGUUAUGAUUGAAUCAAACAUUAAUGACGGUCGACAGGAUGUUCCCUCCGUUGGGCCAGCUGCGCUCAAACACGGUGUUAGCAUCACUGAUGCUUGCGUGGACUUUGACACAACCGUUGACAUGCUCAACAAAUUGAAUGAGGCUGUGAGCAAACGACGUGCUGUCAUUUCGGAAAUGAAAUCAGCAGCCGCCUUCGAGAGCGCUGGACAUUAAUUUUUUCAAAAGUGCACAAUCAUGCCAUCGAAAAUAUCGAUUUCAUUUUCGUUGCUUAUUCUGCCAUAUAUAUAUAUAUACUUAGAGCUCUUGUAUAUUUGAUUCCUGUAGAUAUACCGAUGCGAUUGCUUCAUCGUGACGAAUACAUGGAUAUAAUCCCAUGGAGCUGAGAGGAAGUGAGUGCUGGGCACUCAGAGUGCAAUAGAAAUUAUGAACAAGACAAUCAUUUUAACAAUACAAUCAAAACAUACACAGGAUAUACAGCAUCGUACGUUGAACAUGUACAAGCAUAUGUACAUAAUUAGGCAAAUACACCCAGCUAUUUCAAAGCAGAAAGCAAAGCGACAAACGGUUCCAAUAGAAAAAAAAUAAAGUUAGCAGAGAGUUUAGAUGAAGAG